UCUGACACAAAUGUGAACAUUAAGAAGCAGCAUCAAACUGUGAUGACUACAGAUGAUGUCAUCUCUGUAUAACUACCAGGAACAAAGUGCAGCUUCUUUCUUGUGUCACUUGUAUAUUUUUCUUCCAAAACUGAGCGCUAUCAUUGUGUUCCCAUGGCAGCGGCUCAGAUAAAGACCAUGGUGAACCAGCUGGGGACCAGACAGGACACCAGUGAACUGCAGGAUCGGCUGCAGCAGACACAACACUACACCAACCAACUGGCAAAAGAAACCAACAAACACCUGAAAGAGCUGGGAUCAAUCCCUCUGCCCUCAUCGCCUUCAGAGCAAGCUGACGACAACUCUCGGGAUGAAAAGCUUGUGUCCUUUGAUAACCAAGAUGAGUGGGGUCAGAUGACCACCCAGACGGAGGAAGCGGCCAUCACAGAGGAGGACCUGGAACUCAUCAAGGAGAGAGAAACCAACAUCAGACAGCUGGAGUCUGAUAUCAUGGAUGUAAACCAGAUCUUCAAGGACCUGGCUGUGAUGAUUCAUGACCAGGGAGAGAUGAUUGAUAGCAUCGAGGCUAACGUGGAGAAUGCUGAAGUUCACGUAGAACGAGGAACAGAGCAGCUGCAGAGAGCUGCUUACUAUCAGCAAAAGUCCCGGAAGAAGAUCUGCAUCCUGGUUAUGGUCUGCUCCAUCGUGCUCGUCAUACUCGCCAUCAUCAUCUGGUGGGCGUCCAAAUGAGCCGAUGUCACGCAACCAAUGUAAUUGAUUCAGUCCCCUCCCACCUGCUUGGAAUCAAAAGAACAGCAAGAAAAGGCUCAUCCCUGUACCAAGAUCAGUGGAGCACGUCUACAAAGGGCUUGUCAAUGUGGAAAUUGUAGUUAUCUGAAAUAAUCAAGCCUUUGUGUUCCUUUAAGAACUGUAAGAGGUAAUUUAGGAGAACGAGGACUGGGUUGGUGCAGGGGAGCAAUUCAAGACUUGAUAUUCCUAAAUUAGCGUCACUGAUACAUUUCUUCUUAUUAACUGCACUAACACUAGCUCUCACUGUUUUGCAAAUGUAAAAAAUAUUGUUGGAAAUUAUUUUAAAGACAUGCACACAAGCUUGUCUGGGUAACUGAAGAUAUUUAGGGUUUUUGUUGUUGUCGAUAAACAUGUUGUGGCCCUUUCUGAUGUCUAGUGUGUGGAGAACUGUAUCCUGCUGUGGUUCCUUGUCUUCACAGGCACAACAUACUGGUAAUGCCAGCGAUGGUUAAAUCGUACAUGUUGUAAAAGCAAAGUUGAAAAUACUAGAAGUCGAAUUCAACUCUGCAAAUAGUUAAAACAUCAAGAAUCGUAAAUUAAUCACUCCUUCAGAUCAAGUGUUUUAAGUUGAUUUCUAUGAACCCUGACAGUAUGAUAAUAAAUGUCUUAAACAUU